AGUAAGGCCACCGAUGUAGUAACCAUCUCUUCCAAAUACAAGCAGAAGUAUGAGUGCCGACUACCAGCUGCUGCAAUGAAGAUCCAUCAAGACAAAGAGGAGGAUCCACAGAGUUACACUGGACUUGGUAUCUCAGAACUGCUGAAACCAAUGGAAGCGGCUCCGUGCCUUAUUAAAACUAAAGACUGGUGGACAUAUGAAUUCUGCUAUGGGAAACACAUCCAGCAAUACCACAUAGAAGAAUCUGAAGUCAAAGGUGAUAUUCUUUAUCUUGGGUAUUACCAGUCUGCAUUUGAUUGGGACAAUGAAACAGCAAAGGCAUCAAAGCAACACAAGUUGAAGCGGUAUCACAGUCAGACCUAUGUCAAUGGAUCCAAGUGUAACCUAAAUGGAAAGCCCAGGGAGGCUGAAGUCAGGUUUUUGUGUGAGGAAGGUUCGGGAGACUACAUUGCCCGUAUUGAUGAGCCCCAAUCCUGUUCCUAUGUGCUGACGAUCCAUACCACCCGCAUCUGCCACCACCCGUUUCUGCGGCCUCCAUCCACAGCCACCCCUCAGUCCAUCCGUUGUCACCCAGCCCUCAGCCCUGCUGAAUAUGUGGAAUAUGUCAAGGCCCAAGUAUCUGAUACCAAGCGCAAAGUGGAGGAAAUUUCGGAAGAGCUGAAGACUUUAGACACACAGCUGUGGAAUGAGCAGGAUGCCAGCACUCCUACUCAGGAUUCCAAUGAGAAUGUGGCCCCAGCCCCUUCUCCUCCUCUUGAGAGUGAACCUGGGGAUGAAUCUGAGUUUUGGGAGAGAAUGGUGCUGCACAGAGAAGGGAAAGCAGCUCAAACUCCAGACCAGACAAAGGUAACUUCCUAUCACCAUAUUGCAAUUUCAGUUAUUUCUAAGACGGUGAUGUUAAACAUGGACUCCUAUCUCAAAACUGGGCAUGCUCUCUUUUGGACUGAGAUUUUCCUUUUGCUGGAGUUUAAGGACCUCUUGGAGAAGGAAGGCCUGAAGGCAGAAGGAAAAAUUGAAAUCAAGAUUGUGACAACUGGUGGUUUUGGAGAUGAUGAUGAUACCCACUGGCUUUCAGAAGAAGACACCAAGAACCUCAAAGACAUUUUCUUCAAUAUUUUGAUCCAGGGCACAGAGGAAGCACAUAAAGAGCAACGGCGGCAACGCCAACUGGAAGACAACUACCGUUUUGUGUGGGGGCGUAACCAGGAGGAGCUCCCUAGCACUGGUGGGACCGAAUCGGAUGACUUAGACUUUUGAUCUUUUGCCAAUCUUCAGAACUCUGGCAUUCAUGGAGGCUCCUUGGUAGGAUUUGGCAGGCACCAUUUCCCUCAUGUGCAUCAGGAGGACCAAUUUGUUUUGUUGCUAGAAUCUCUGUUGAAUGCGCAUAAGACAUUGGCAAGCCCAAGGCAAGCACCAUUCAGACAGAGCUGUGAAUUGUCUCCUUUAAAGCUCUUGCUGUCAAGUGAGUUUCUCUAGGGCAUCCACUGCGACAUUUCCUCCCGCACCUUAAUGGCUUCUGUAGGGCUGCCUCAGAUGGAGACAGUGGCAUUUCUGCAGGUUCCAAGCUUUUCCUCCUUUUUCAAACUAUUGGCCUCAGCCUCGAUGCCCAAAUCUUGGCUUCAAAAUGAUUAAUGAUGCGCACAAAAGAGAAUGAAAGAGAGGAGUCCCGUACAAAAAAAAAAAAAAUCCCACCGAUUCAUCUCAGGUGUGAAUCAAGUCGGGGAGCUUAAAACUGGUGCCCUUUUGUUUCUAAAACCCUCAUCAAUUGGAAGGAUCUCAUGUUUCUUUGUCUCACCUGUGUGCCUUGAAACGCCAGAGGAGAGGACACUCUUUCCUUGUGCAGUGUUGAUCUCCUCCCAAACAGUUUAUUUUUCUUUAGGUCUGAAUGUUUGAAUUGUGAGCAAGCCUGCUCCAGCGUACAGGCUGCCCUUGACUAUCUUCAUUUCUGGAGCAGUAAGCUAGGACACAUCCUGUGUGUACUGAAAUCAGCAGAGAAAUGUGGUGGAGGGUUGGGAGAAAAGCUACUGUAGGCUGAUCUUCCUAGCCCCAUUGUUUCACAUGCUAAAGGGCCUUAGACAUAGGAGUAUGUGAACUGCAUUAAAAUGCUUGCUUUGUAACAAAGAUUCAUGGAGGUACGGGACUGGCUGUUCCUUCUGUGAAGUCUCAAGAAGGGAAGCUAGCUGAAAUUUAUGAUUUAUUUCCAAUGCCAUUGAACAGUCUGGGCUGCUGCAUGGGUGACUGGAGGUGAGGAAUUGCGGCUCACAAGAAGCAGUCAGGCUGAAGAAAUAGUGUUGCCUUCCUUGACACAUCCAGGACAAAUUGCAAUUCAUUUUUCUAUCAAUAAAUCCAGAUGAACCCAACUAGAGUUUGGUGUUUACUUAUGUGACUCUGGAAAGUAUUGGCUACAGAAGUGCCCUGAGCAGAGCAUCAAGUCCUUUCACUAUUAAAAUAAAUAAGGUGGUUUUCUUGUAAAACAAAGCAUCAUAUCCAUAUAGGCAUCUGCUGUAGGAAUCCGUGAUCACUCUAAUUUAUUUUUUUGGCUGAUACAAUAAAUGCUGCCUUACGGAACUUCA